AUGAGAGUUGUCAAGCCUGCCUUCAGCAGACCUCGCCCGAAAAUAAACUCUAUUGAUGACGUAAGCUGAGCACAGGAUCUGUUGGCAGUGAUGAUCGUGUCCGUGGUGACCACGGUCAUGAUUGCCAACAGAACAAAGAUAUCUCAUAAGGCUAAUAUUCAACGACUACCACGCUAAAUCACUUCCCCUAGGGUUGCAGAACAGGCGCCUGUUCUGCAACCCGAACUUCUCCGCUCAAUUUUAGUGGAACAAUAUUUUGUUUUAAUUCGAUUUUUGACAAAUCUGUACGGGAGUCAUUGAGUAGAGAGAAUUGAGCCGAAAAGUCGAAAAUGUGCAACUCAUUGAGUAUUGAAAAAAGGAAAUGCGGCAGGCGAAAAGUCUUGUAAUAAUAAUAAUAAUGGUUUUUGAGCCAACAAAUAAAUAUGUUAAAUUCAGAGAAUUCGGACUGACAGCCAAAAAACCAAUCAAGGAAACAUUAUAAAAACUUCAAUUGUCCCAAAAGUGAGAUUUGUCUCUCAGGAACUGAACAAGUCGACGAUGCUUCAAAAAUUAUAGAUUCGCACAACACUGGUAACAGCUGCUCCGAGACGUCUGCCGCACGCUAUUCUACAGCCUCCUCGGUCUCCCGCUCUGCCACAGCCCAAAGGAGAAAAAAUUUUUAUAAUGCAAGUAACAGCAUCACCAACGAUGCGUCCUGAAGUUCCUCGAAUUUCAUCAACUGCCACUACUAAGAGUUCAUUCGAAAGAACUAUUGCUUCAGAAGCAGAUGGUGGCAGCGUUUUGGCUCAAAUCACCAGUCAAAUCAAUGGUGGCAUGAGCCCGUGAGCUCCAUUUUCCUUAGAAUCAUUCUUAAUAUGUUUUUCCAGAGAACUCUUGGCCAAAAUUGAGACUAUAAUAAAAUCAGAGAUGCAAAACAGUGAUUCGCGAAUUAAGAUAAUGCGACCACGCCUAUCAAACUGAAUCGAACUAUAAAUUAUUCAAAUCAUUUAUGAAUGAAAAUUAUUAUUAUUACACGACUUUAGGAAAUUGGGCACGCAAAAAGUUCUCUCUCGAACUUCUUUCAAAAGUACACACUGUUCGGCUCAUGCUUCGCAAUAUCUCAUUGUCUCUCUUCUUGUCGAUUUACAGCUUUGUUAUUUUAAUUUGUCUCCAAUAAAUUGAUUUUUUUAAAGGCGGUGUCCAACGUGACAUACAACAUAUUUUUAGAAUAAACUUCGAAGUGGGGCAUUCACUUUCCCAAAGUCUCGAAUUACGAAAAAAAAUCCCCGAUUUUCAAGAUUUUUUUCAAAAAAGUUAAUGGUACCGAUUGGACAAUUCCAAGGAAAUUGUCCAUUUUCGAUCUUGGUGACAAGGCAUUGAGCACACCAGAAGAAGGCUUCUCCAGCUUCAAAGUCAGAAUUAUUGGUUUUUUUCUCAAGAAUAUUUACAAUUCAAUUUCAGAAACAAGUGGCCAAUGCAACAAGGGGAAGACUCGACAUCAAUUUCGACGAAUUGAAGGCCAUAGGAAAAACCGGAAGUUUUCCGCGUUGUUAG